GACUUAUUCACCUUCCCCGCGGCUGGGAGCGGCCCGGCCGCUGCCAUGUUGUUCCGCUUCGGGGUGGUGCUGCCGGCCGGGCUGGCCGAGGCGCUCAUGGUGGCCGGCUCGCGGCCGGAGCUGGGCCACUGGGACCCGCAGCGCGCGCUGCCCAUGAGGCCCGCGCGCCCGGCGGCCCCGCUCCCCGCCCAGGAGCCCGCGCUGUGGCUGGCGGAGGCGGCGCUGCCGGACGAGGAGGCCGCGGGCACCUUCUGGUACAAGUUCCUGCAGCGCCGGGGCGCGGACACCGUCUGGGAAGGUAAUGGUCCCCAUCAUGACCGCUGCUGUGUCUACAAUGAAAGCAACUUGGUAGAUGGAGUUUACUGCCUGCCAAUAGGACACUGGAUCGAAGUCUCUGGACACACUGAUGAGAUGAAGCACACAACUGACUUCUAUUUUAAUAUUGCAGGCCAUCAAGCCAUUCACUAUUCCAGAAUUCUGCCAAACAUCUGGCUGGGAAGUUGCCCUCGGCAAGUGGAGCAUGUAACCAUCAAGCUAAAACACGAACUGGGUGUUACGGCUGUAAUGAACUUCCAGACCGAGUGGGAUGUUGUUCAGAAUUCCUGGGGCUGCAACCACUAUCCAGAACCCAUGAGCCCAGAGGUCCUUAUGAAACUGUAUAAAGAGGAAGGUCUCGCUUAUGUCUGGAUGCCAACCCCAGAUAUGAGCACUGAAGGAAGAAUACAGAUGUUGCCUCAGGCUGUCUGUCUCCUGCACGGGCUGCUAGAGAAUGGACACAUCGUCUACGUACAUUGCAAUGCUGGUGUUGGCAGGUCUACAGCCGCAGUCUGUGGCUGGUUAAAGUAUGUGAUGGGAUGGAACCUAAGGAAAGUGCAGUACUUUGUGGCCUCCAGGAGACCAGCUGUCUACAUAGAUGAGGAAGCUCUGGUUCGUGCUGAAGACGAUUUCUAUCAGAAAUUUGGACCUCUUCGCUACUCAUGCAAACCUUAGUGGUAGAAAAGCUGAUUGGAGGAGGGGAGAGAUUCCUCGCAGUGUUGCCAAUCCCAAACAUUCAAAAUUCAUAGUCAGACCACCCAAAUUCAUGUGUGUGUGUGAGUGAGAGAGUGAGUGUGUGAAAAAUCAUGAGAUUUAAAAACAAUAAUUAGUUUAGUCUCUUUUUAUUUGCCUUGUGUUUUUUAACCUUGGGGUUCUUGUUUUCAAACUUUUCUCUGCAACCAGGUGGGUUAGGAACUUACUUUGCAAAACGAAAGCUGAGAUUCUCAUGUACUCAUAUGACUCCAGGAGCUGGGACAAAUAUCACAAGAUACAACCAUGUGAGAUGGCAAGACUGUGGUAGGAAGAAGGUGGAACAAUGCGGAAGGGCUACAUAAA